UAAAUUUUAAAACUGAUCCCAGUCGCCAUUUUUCUCCAAAUUUUUCUACACAUGCCUUUUAUAAGGGACAACACUGAGGAUUAUUGAAGAGAGAGCAGUUCUACAUAAAUAGCUCAGAUAUCUAGAUCAGAUAUGUAACAUGGAUAUAAAAGGACCCAGCAUUACUGCAUACAUCUCAGUACGAUACCAGUCAAUAUAUCAGCAAGGAACCUUCUAUUCUGGGACGAUCUGUUUAAAAAAUACAACAGAACAGCUCACAGUUGUUACCAGUCAUUACAAUGAGGACACUAACAUAAAGCAGUCCCCAGGAACUUAGGGCGAUGCCGAAGGCUAAGAGGUUAGAGGCCUUGGUAUCCAUACUGCGAUAUCCAGGGGAAGUUCUAACAUGGCUGGGGCUUAUACAGUUCUUCGUCUUUGCUCUGUUCCGUUUCCCAGCAGUAGGGAUCACAAAGGAGAUUCUGUAUGAUGGUGAGGAGGAGGGGUUCAAAUGUAACCUUACUGGGUACUAUGCUACACCAACGGCAGCCACACCUAAAGAGACCCUGGCAUGUUAUAAGAUAUACAAGGGGCCAGUGACAGUAUCGAUAUUGUUGGCAGUACAAGCAAUAGCCAUUUUGGUUAUGUGGGGAGGAUACUUCAUCUAUGCCAGGUUUUGUAAUGAGGUUCUAGAACACUCCAACUUGUCAGUUCUUUACGGAGGAUGCCAUGAUAGACGGGCCCGCCUUGUCACUCUGUAUAGGAUACAGACAUUUUGCAGGGUUCUUACCGAGAUAUUAUUUGUAUCAAUAAAAGUCAGUAACAUCAAUGUGAAUGUCCGGAGUUACCAUGUCUGUUCAAGCACUUUUAACCAGUUUGUCCAUGAAGAAGAUGACCACACCAAUCUUACAACACCAACUUUAAUAUGUUCAGUGACACGAUUCCAUGACAAGACAGUAUUUCUCCAUGCCCUGUUAGUUAUUGAUAUUGUAAGCUUAAUUCUGGCCCUGAUUGACUUAACGGUGGUGUGUAUCCAUGACCCAGACUAUUUGUUCCCAGGACAUCGAAAGAUGCAAGUUGAUGAUGAUAGUGCUAACCAGAGUCUGACUUCCAUGAGAUAUACCUCUACACCAGUAGCUCCCCCAGUGAUCCAUGUUCCCCAACCCGUGCCAUAUUUCUAUCACAGCCAUCACAUGGGCAGCCUGACCAAGGCCCUUGAGAAACACAGCUUUGUGGCUGUCACAGGUCCCCAUGGAUGUGGUAAGACCCAACUAGCCUUGAACUUUGCACAAAGUCAACAAAAAGAGUAUGGCAUAACACUGGCAUGGUGGCUACCUGGAACAUCUGCAUCUGCCUUGGAGCACAGUCUGUAUAUACUGCACGAACGCAUGCAUCUGAAUAUGCCUUUUGCAGCCGAGGAAAAUGCCAAUGUACGUGUCGAGGGCCUAUUGACUGGAACCAUUGCACAGUUGUCCAAGCGAUUUGGGAGAAUCUUGCUGAUAUUUGAAGAUGUCAAUGAGUUGGGUGCCAUGAUAGAGAAUGCUUUUAGCAGAAGGGAUAAAUUUAUUGUGAUUCUGACAUCCAAUAACCCUGCUGUUAUUCAAGAUGAAGAUCUGGUGGUAAGGAUAGAGGGGUUCUCUGAUAACGAAACCAUGGACUUCUUCAAAAUGGAGGAUUCAUUUCAAAAUGCUGCAGACAACGAUAUUGUAGAUGUUGGACAGACUCUAGGGAAUCUCCCAUUUGGCCUGGCCGUGGCCCGCUCUUACAUAUCACACGCAGAAUCUGAUAUCCAAGAUUACGUACACAACAUCAGUGACAUGAGUAACACUGGCACCAUGCAGACUAUUCAAAAGAAAUUCCUUGGUCAGCAUCAUAAGAAAACUCUGGUCCAGGCAUUGUUAUUGUCAUUUGACCGCAUGCGCCAUGGUGGGUACAAAGAGGCCAUGAAAGCUUUUGAAAUUGUUGCUUAUUUCUCCCCACAAGAUAUCCCUAGUUUCUUGCUCCACAAUGGGCAAAACGACAAGAUGGAUGACUUCCUGACCAAGCUUAAAAAAUAUUCCCUGGUGGCUAGGGAUGAUAUUGAUGGGAUUCAAAUGCUGUCUGUUCACAAAGCAGUACAAUUGGCCCUGAUGAUGGAAAUACAAAAGCAGGACCCCAAUCAUGCUUUGAAAAGGGCAAUCUUUGCCUUACUGGGGCACAUGGAAAGAGACAUGAGGUGUGCUCAACAUUACAAAAUCAGCACACUGUUGUUGCCACAUUUAGAAUCAGUAUUAAAACACUGUUUAAGCAUGGAGCUGGAUUUUGAAGGCUCCAUAGGGAGAAUUUGUCUCCUGAAUAUGCUGGGGAAUUUGUAUGCCAAAAAGGGAAUGGUCAUAAUGGCUGAAGCUGAGCUCAAGAGAGCCAAGCAGCUGGUAUUUGAUCUGCUCCGGACGUCAGAGGAUCAGCUGUAUGCAGAGGCAAUAAGCCGUAUAAUGGUGCGCAGGCGCAUGAGUUUCCGUGAGGUCACAAGUGACUUAAUGACUAGCACCAAGGCAGACUUGCUGAUGAACAUGCUGUCUGAAACCAGUUACAACAGUAUGGAUGAAAAUGAUCUUCUGAAACUGUUGUGUACCCAGGUAUUCAAACAUCCUGAUAUUAAAGCACUUCAGGCCAAGCUGGGUCCAGUGGUGGUUGAACUUCACACACAACUAACCCCUGAGAUGUACCUUGAUCUUGUAGAAGAACAGGUGGGGACUCCUCUUGGGAAGAUGAGGAGAAUCUACCUAGCAGAGAUAUUCAUCUCCAUACUGUAUUCUUAUGGUUCCCUGUAUUUCUGUCAGAAUCCGAGCAGUGUUAGAAAUGAUCAGAAGCAGCUGUACAUCAGUGAUUUGAGGUUAGCCAAGAGAUUAUGCCAACUUCUCGACUCUGCCUUUCAUUACAAAAGCAUAUAUUUAAUAGUGGCAGAUCGCAAUGCUUUACUGUGUCUUGAUUUUGAAUACAGUAAGCUUACCCAGAAAGAACUUAUCAAAAACUUGGAGCAUGCCAAGGCAAGGUAUGGGGACUUGCUUCAUGAUCAUGAUGACUACUACUAUGCUGGUGUUCUCAAACUGACAAGUCUUCACAGUGACCCAUAUCACAGAGUGUUCUGUCACCGACAAAUAGUACGCUGCUAUAUCCUGUUCAUCAAUCUGGAGACCUAUGCAGACAUACCCCAACUUCUGCGUGAAGGGCAGAAGCAUUGCGACAGGAUGCUGCAGAUAGUGGAGGAGGCUCAAGAGGCUGGGUACAAAAUUCCGCAGACUAGUUUGUUUUACAAUACAGCUGCUGAGUUUGUAUUGCUUCACAAUACUCCAGGUUACACUGAGAUGAGUAUUGAAUACUAUAACCAGUCGUAUGAGGCAGAAGUCGUAAAGGCCAAGGUCACAGGAGCUCUAUUAGAAGCAGUGUUGGGACUGACCAAGAUAUACAAGCAAGAGGGAAAGCAUGAGGAUGCUUUUGCCUAUGCCCAAGAAGGUUUGAGGUUUGCUAAGCGACAGCCACUUUUUGCUAAAUAUCAAGACGAAGCCUUACGGCUUGUGAGGCAAAUAAAGAUAGAACAUCCCUCUGUAAGCCGUGGUGUCUGUGCUGUUAGAUAAAGAUGCAAGAUGGUUUAGACCAUAAGACUAUCCCUAUGGAGUGACACUACCCUGGCUUUUGUUUGCAUUAAAUGAAUUUAUUCUUUGAUUGAGAUAUUCAGCACAUAUCAGUUGCCUGGUUUAUGGCAAACAUAUAAUCUUUAAAAAGAUUCUGUACAGAUUCUUUUCUUUAAAGAGCAUUUUUAGUAUAAUAAAUACAGGGCAGCUGCUCUUUACAUAAAUAUAGGGUGUAAUGAUAACAAUGAUGCUGUACUACUAUAAGUAUUGAGACAGGAAAUAAUGUACUAAAAAAGAAAAAGAACCCUUUCAUAACCUUGCUAUUGCUUACUGUUCACAUGUGUUAAACCUUGUGUUUACUAAACAGCAAGUGCUAAUGUGCAUGAAUGUGAUCACCCCAAAGCUAUGUAUCACUGAAAACUCGAUUACUAGGGCCUUGGAGGGCAAACUACCAGCCUUCAUUUUCACUUUAAUGGUAUAAUGUUAUUAAAUUGGAGGUUUAAUGCUAGCUCAAGAAAAUCAAAAAG